AUGCAGAUCCUGGAGGCCUUGCUGGAACAGAGGGAUCUGACGGAGUUACAAACACAGGAAGCACUGACGGCCUUGGUCGAUGGGGCUCACCAGACACAGAUGGCUGCCUUCCUGGUCCUCUUGAGAGCCAAGGGAGAGACUGCGGAGGAGGUGGCAGGAUUGGCGAAGGCCAUGCGCGAGAAGAGCGUGCACGUGGCCACCUCUGGGGACGUCCUGGACAUUGUGGGCACCGGCGGCGAUGGCAUCGGCUCUGUCAACAUCAGCACCGGAGCCACCGUGAUCGCUGCUGCGGCCGGCGCGAAGGUGGCCAAGCACGGCAACCGCUCUGUGUCCAGCCUCUGCGGCAGCGCCGACGUCCUGGAGGCUCUAGGCAUUGCUGUUGACAUCGGGCCGGAGGGGGUGUCGCGGUGCCUCGAGGAGGUGGGCUUGGGCUUCAUGUUUGCACCCAGGUACCACCCGGCGAUGGCGGCGGUGGUGCCGGUGCGGCGCUCGCUCAAGGUGCGCACAGCAUUCAAUAUUUUGGGCCCGCUGCUCAACCCGGCGGCUGCCGCGUACGGCCUCAUUGGCGUCUACUCGCCUGCGAUCAGCGGCCUCAUGGCGGCCACGCUGCAGCGCCUGGGCACCAAGCGUGCUCUUGUCGUGCACAGCCACGGCCUCGACGAGCUUACUCCCAUGGGCGACGCUGAGAUCCUGGAGGUCACCCCCAGCGGUACCCGCUCCUACAGGUUGGACCCCCUAGACCUGGGCAUCAAGCGAUGCCAGGUGGCGGACCUGGCCGGCGGCGACGCGCAGCUCAACGCGUCCAUUCUCACCGACGUCUUUGGCGGCGCGCGCGGAGCGGUGGCCGACGCGCUGAACCUCAAUGCUGGCGUGGCGCUUGCUGCUGCCGAGAUCGCUGCCAGCCCGGCCGAGGGCGUCGCCAUGGCGCAGGAAGCGCAGCAGAGCGGGAAGGCAGGAGAUCUCCUUCAACGGUGGAGGAAAGUCAGCCAAGGAUGCAGAGAAGCAGAGGCAAGAUGA